AUGCAACGUUUGUCAGCACCUUGUUCAAAACUCGCAUACACACGAUACUUAGCAAACCCAAUCCUACGCAACCCAAACCCAUGUGAUAUUUUCAUCAACCAUCGCGGGAUCGAUACCAAGAAGACUAUUUCAGGCCUAUUAUAUGAUCGACUCACUAGACUUGGUUUGAAUUCUUUUUUGGAUAGCAAGAAUUUAAAGCCUGGGGAUAAACUUUUCGUGGAGAUCAACGCAGCAAUCGAAGAAUGCAGUGCUGGUAUUGCGGUUUUCUCUCCUCGUUACUGCGACUCUUACUUCUGUCUCCAUGAACUCACAAUGCUCAUGGAGAGCAAGAAAAGAGUUAUCCCAAUCUUUUGCGAUGUCAAGCCAUCGGAACUAUGCGUUAAGGACGACAGGACACGUCCAGCUGCCGAGAUUAGGAGGUUCCGGUUGGCUCUCGAGGAAGCAAAAUACACCGUAGGACUCACGUUUGAUACAUCUAAUGGAGACUGGUCAGAGUUCUUGGCCAAGGCAUCGGAUGCAGUCACGACGAACUUGUUAGACGUUGAAGAGGGGAGACUACAGAGCAUCAACCCUACGUACAAGCACAUAUCUGCGUAG